CACAGGGGAGAAAGUUUCCCCAGGGCAAGCAGUGCCUUGUGCCCUGGUAACACACAGCCCCAUCAUCCUUUUAUAAGUUACUUUCAAAUUGAUAAUGUUUCUCUGUCCAUUUGUCAUGGCUUCGCCGCAAUCACAGCACACGGGAGGCAGGCCAGGGCAUACUGGCUCCGUUUACACAUGCCGAGGUUCGCAGCGGUCAAGUGCUCAAGGCCGCCCAGAAAGUGAGAAGCAGCAUCAGAAUUCAAAAGGAACCCCUUUUUUUGUACUCCAUUUCUCUGUGAAGAUGAGCAUGCCCUGCACCGAGAGGAUCUGGAAAGCAAAAUCACUGUGCACACAAUUAGCCACAAUUAUGAAUAACUUAUAAAAUGAUGAUGGCGCUGCUUCUGGGACAUGUGCAGUGGAGGAGGUCCAAGGGGAGGGGGCGGACUUCAGGGCAGCCGUGGAAGCUAGCGGUCCUGCACUUGUAAAAGGUAAAGAGCUCCUAUGUGAGAAGAGACAGCAGCCCUCAAGCCCUCACGUCCUCUGUGAGUUCACCAGUCCUCCAGCAUCCUUCCACCUGUUGUGCACAGUGCCUGGCACACAGUAGGUACUUAAUAACUGUUUAUUGAGUGGGGGUGGCUGGGGGACUCAGCCAGUUAGGCAUCUGACUCCUGGGUUCAGCUCAGCUCAUGAUCUCCCGGUUCUAGAGUCCCAGCCCCAAGUUGGGCUCUGUGCUGACAGUGCGGUGCCCACUUGGGAGUCUGUCUCCUCUCUCUCUGCCCCUGCCCCGUGCACUCUCUCUUGUAGAAGAAAACACAAACCUAGCAACCCACAUAAAACACAUAUGUGGCUUGUGAAUUAUUAUUAUUAUUAUUAGCUGAGCCCUCGGUAGAAGCCCUCUUGUAACCAAAAGGAUUUUAAACCAAUUCACUCAGAUGAGCGUCCCCUAGGCACUAUGAUAUAAAGUUUUCAUCUCCUGGGUAGUCUGCCCCCCUUUUUCUUAUUGUUUAUGUGUGGAGGAAAGUGGGCCUUUGAGAUGCCGGAUCUCCCCCCGGGUCGGCUUGUGGUCGAUCACACCCUCGUACCAUUUCGCUUCCUGAGCCAGCAAGUGUUGGUGCCUCAUGCCUAUAGCUGCUGAUUCACAGGGGUGGCAAAAUGGGGAUAUUCGAAUUCUGUCAUUUAUUUUCCUUUAUGGGUCAGAACGCAUUUAUAAACAGGUGUUUGCCUUCAUCUUCCCAGUGGGACGGCUUGUCGAGGAAGGGCAGCAUAGUGAUGGAUUCUUUCCCUUUGUUUACCUGUUUGCAUGAUUAAUGUCUUGGAACUGUUUCAUUGUAUCUUUUUAAAAAAGUUUAUUUAUUUUGAGGAGGAGAGAGAGAGAGAAGGGGAGACGGGGAGGGGCAAAGAGAGAGAGAGAAUCCCCAGCAAACUCUGCACUGUCAGCACGGAGCCCGACGAGGGGCUGGAAAUCACAAACCGUGAGAUCAUGACCUGAGGCCAAAUCAAGAGUCGGAUGCUCAACUGACUGAGCCACCCAGGCACCCGUCUUUAAGUUUACUUUUGAGAAAUGUCUACAUGCAACAUGGGGCUUGAACUCAUGAUCCAGGCUGAGGCAGCCCAACGCCCCACGCUGUUUUAUUGUAAAGAGCCUCGCUUUUGCGCGGGCCGGCUGCUUUCAGGGCCUUUGUCGUGUGCACACCUGGAAAGUGCACGACACACCUGGGGCCAUGGCUCGACGUCGUCGGUAGAGACAGUGCUCCCAGGGGCCUGGCGUCUGCCUUUAUUAGAGUCAAGGGGGGUGCGUAGGGUUUCCGGGGCCAGCUCUUGGGGAGUUUGACGCACAAGCAUGUGGAGAGAAAAAACAAGGGACCCAAACGGUCAGCUAUCCAAAUCAGCCGAGAUGUGUACAGCCAAGGCGCCUGGGUGGGGUCAGGGGACCUGCUCCGGGUGCAGUGGCAGGCUGGCCACACGCCCUUGGAGAUGGUGUCUCUGCGGCGGACGCCUCGGCAGCCCGAGCGGCGGCCAGACACUUGCAAGCAAUUGUAGCGGAAGCCUUUCCACUAGCUGCUUCCUGGGCCCUUCUUCAGCCUUGGCUUCCCCACCACUUCCUCCUGGAAGCUUCCCUGGGCCCCGCAAUCGCAUGUGUCUUUUGUGCGUCCCCAGAGAAUUUUGGCUUUCCGUGACCAUAGGACUGACCUCCCAGACUGCAAUCGUCUGUUUAUCCCUCUGCCCACUUCCCUUGCCCCCCACGGCCCUGUGCCCCGGUCCCCUCUGUUUUCCCGGUGCCCACACGGUGUCAGCAUAGGAGCGGGCCACUGGGAGAUGGCUGUUGAACAAAUGAGUGACAUUCAGACAUGACCGUGUCAUUCUCCUCUUGCGCUCAUGCUGCUCCCAGCCGACCCUCCGCCCGUGCAGCCACUGCCACGGCUUGAGAUCCCUUCCCCACCCUGGCUCUCACCCAAUUCUCUGUCUCCAUCAUCGGGCAGGAUGCACAGCGAUUCUUGCUAUUACUUUUAUCCCCCCCAAACUGCUCUUAAAGGAUGAGAAAUCUGUUCCCAUAAAACUAAGAACAAUUAAGUUGACACUUGGUUCUGCACUCUGUUUGACUUCCUCUUUUAGAAUCAGUUUGGGGAAGUACAACAAAGUUCCUGUUCACAUUUCCCUACCACAGUAGCCUUUGGAAAGUUCGGGCUGCCCCAGGCUCCCCGUGAAAGCUUUCCUUAGUGGGUACACAUGGCAUUCCCUUGUCCCCUGGACCCCUCCCUGGGCCUGCCCUGCAUCCCCGUUUGCCCGAUUUCCCAUCCCCCCAUGUUCCGAACUGCACAGUGACACUUGAGCACUUCUGUUCAGUGGCUUUACCUCAUCUGAUGCCAUGUUUCUGCAACAGGAGUUUGUUGAAUCAUGCAUUUUCCUGUCUUUCCUGAAUCAUCCCCAUGAGCACACAAACGUGCUGUUAUGUUUCUAAUCUUUGACGAUGAGGGCUUAAUCCCACCGCUCUGUCCCUCUUCUGAGUGGCCAAACCUCGCCUCAGAGAGGCGAAACCAAGGCCGGGCGCACCUGCCAAGUGCCUGUUCCCUCCUUGUCCCAACCCAGCGCGGAGUGCCUGCCCCAUUGCCGCAGCCUCACAGGGGUUUUCGGAGGCCUAACGGUAGAUCUCUUGUGAUGACUGGCCUUUCCCCUGUCGGCGCUUGAUUGGGUUCUCUGCUGCCUCGGGUCUCCGGUUCCCUGGGCAGUGAGGGAGCUGAGAACUCUCCCAGAUGGUGGCCUGUCAUUCUACAGGGGUCUCUUGGUCUCAGCUGGUGGCUUUAUAAAUGUGUCAGGCCCAAGAAGCUAGAGAUAGAAAGGACUUCCUGUCCCAGUGGUCACCAUGCCUCCUGGCAGAAGCCCGCACUUCCUGCUGUCGCACACACCACCGCUCAGAAGAGCUAACCACAGCUAUAAAUCUGCCCCUUGCACUUGCCAACUGCAGCAUCAAGUGUCUCCGCUGGAAAACAGCCCCGCCGUCGGCCCGUCGGCCUGUCGGCCUGCUCCCCUGGUCUGUGUCUGGUUCUUCACAGCAGAACACAGGGUGCCCUAAUGUAAGAAAAUGGAUGGCUUUUUAAAAAAUUUUUUUAAUGUUUUUAUUUAUUUUUGAGACAGAGCAUGAGCAGGGAGGGGCAGAGAGAGAGGGAGACAGAAUCUGAAGCAGGUUCCAGGCUCUGAGCUGUCAGCACAGAGCCCGACGCGGGGCUCGAACUCACGAACCAUCAGACCGUGACCUGAGCCGAAGUCGGACGCUCAACUGACUGAGCCACCCAGGCACCCUGAAAAUGGACGACUUUGAGGAAGGGCCUUACUUCCUUCUCCCUGGCUUCAGGAGAUGGUGGGGAAGUUAACAGCGAAGACUCCUUGGAACGGCAGGGCCAUGGUCAAUUGCCGAUACGUCUUUUCCUAGGUCUCAUACCCAAGGAGGCAGCUCAUUCCAGGUCAGGGGACAGUGGGGACUGAGGAGCUCCAGGGGCAUGCAAAGCAUCUUCCCACCUCCCGGUGCUGGUUUCUCUGGAGCAUCAUUCUCUUUUUUGGGUGUGGAUCAGGUGAAGCGUGAUCAUUUUACCUCAAUGCUUGGCUCUCUCCUUUCAGCUGUCAUAGUGCUUGUCAGCAGGCUGUGAAAGCUUAAGCCACAUGGUUCCUGCCCUGCACCUCCCCCCGCCCGCCUGGACGACAAGCAAACCACACCUAUUUUCCAAUGCCCCCUAGGACAUCCCGAUUCCUGGUUUGGGACACACUGUGGUUUAGGACGGAAUGCUGGCUACACUCCCCCUCUUGACUGUUUUACUCCACAUUCGUUACUCUGAACCUCAGUGUUCUCAGACAUAAAAUGUACACACAGAGAAAACAAUUACCUUUCCCACAGGAUAGUUUUGGAGCUUCAAUGAGUUAUGGUAAAGCAGUUGGGAGUUACAGAAAGACGGUCAGAAACUUCAGAUGAUGGUAAUCCUCUCUCCUCUCAAAUGUGUAUGAUUUUUCUUUUCUUGUUGAGCAAUUCUCUAGAAGUUAAAUAAUGUUAGCUAAUACCGACAACAGUGGGCACUCACGAUUUGUACCUGAUUUUUGCGUCCAAUCUUGGCUUUGGGAUUCAGAUAGAUAGUGCUAAGAAGGCUUUCGUCUCAUUCGUUACUAAGUUUUUUUUUUUUUUUUUUUUGUAAGCAUGAACACGUGUGCAUUGAUGUGACACUCCUCAGCUGCAUCAGUUGGGAUGAUUGUAUAGAUCUGGUCCUCUGACCCGUGGGCACGAAUGCCAUUGCUGCAGUCCCCAGUGACGAGCCAUCCUUAAAAUCAUUGAAUAAAGUGGGCUUGUACAUGGUGUACUAGCCACUUAAUGCAAAGCUGGGUGGACAUUGCAUUUCACUGUUAGGGUGGUUGAUCUGCUUCUCUGCUGUCCUUGUCAUGAAACAGGUUCUCGGCAGAGCUGGAGAAGCCCAUGCCGUGGGUCCGGUAACUUGUCGAAUUGCCUCCCUGCAGGCCUGGCGCAAGCGCUGGUUCGUCCUCCGGCGGGGCCGCAUGAGCGGCAGCCCGGACGUCUUGGAGUACUACAGGACCAAGCACUCGAGCAAGCCCAUCCGUGUGAUCGACCUCAGCGAGUGUGCAGUGUGCAAGCACGUGGGCCCCGGCUUCGUCCGGAAGGAAUUUCAGAAUAACUUCGUGUUCAUUGUCAAGACCGCUUUGCGUACAUUCUAUCUGGUGGCUAAGACCGAAGUAGAAAUGCUGGUGUGGGUGUACAGCAUCAGUCAGGUCUGCAACUUCGGCCAACUGGAGGAUGGUGCGGAUUCUGUGGACAGCUUCUCGCGCAUGCCCCCCUCCCUGCAGCCAGCCCCUGCCAGCUUCCUGCCCGCGGCCCACGCCGUCAGCUCCUCCGUGCCGAGUGACAACCUGAGCACCAACACCGGUGCCACUGAGGAAAGCAGGAGUGAGUCCGAGUCUCUCUCCCUUCCCGAUUAUCUGAUUCUGUCCGACUGUGAGACCGGAAGACCACGUCACACCAGUCUACCCACCAGGUGUGAUAGCUGGUCAAACUCAGACCGCUCGUUGGAACAGAGUUCAUUUGAUGACGUUUUUGUUGACUGCCUGCAGCCCGCGCCCCCCAGUAACUUGGUCCACCCCUCACGCCAUGGGAAUGGAUCUCAGAAGGUGCCUUCCACGAAGCCUCAGGCUGCCCUGACGUGGAGUAGAGAUAUCAAUGGGCCAGCCAGGGACCACUUUUCUUCAGCAUUGCUGGAAACUUCCUUAAACCCCACCGUUCAGGUAGAUAAAAACCAAGGUUCCUUGCCCUGUGUGGUAAAAGAACCAGACAUUGUGUCCAACGUGCCACCGCCCCGCCCCCCUAAGCCAAGCCAUCUCUCUGAACGGCGCCAAGAAGAACAGGUCGUGUGGAGUGGGCAUGGCGGCAUCAAGAAGCCAGAGUGCACUAUGGCAGCGAGAAGAAUCUCUCUCUCUGGUUUAGAUAACAUGAGAACCUGGAAAGCUGAUGUAGAAGGCCAAUCCUUAAAACACCGAGACAAGCGGCUUAGUUUAAAUUUGCCAUGCGGGUUCUCCCCGGUGUACCCCACAGCUUCAGCCAGUGCCGAAGAUGGCUACGUGCCCAUGGGCCCACAGGUGGCCACCUCUGCUCUUAGAACCCACUGCGGCCAUGAUGACUACAUCCCCAUGAGCCCAGGGAGCAUCUCAAGCCCGCUGCCUGAGCUACCUGCAGACAUGGAGCCUCCCCCAGUGAACAGAGAUCUCAAGCCUCAGAGGAAACCACGGCCACCCCCGCUGGACCUGAGCCACCUGUCCACCAUCCGGGAACACACGUCUCUAACCAGGACCCGCACUGUGCCUUGCAAUCGAACCAGAUUUCUCUCUCCAGAAAGAAAUGGUAUUAAUUCUGCAAGAUUUUUUGCCAAUUCUGUUUCCAGAGAAGAGGAAGAAAGCUACAUCCACAUGAAUCGCAGGACGGCCAAGUCCCUAAGCAGUGGUGCUCUGACCUGGACAAAGAAAUUCAGCCUGGACUAUUUAGCGCUAGACUUCAAUUCUGCGUCACCAGCCCCUAUACAGCAGAAACUCUUCCUUUCAGAAGAGCAAAGAGUGGACUAUGUCCAAGUGGAUGAACAGAAGACACAAGCCCUCCAGAGCACGAAGCAGGAGUGGACGGAUGAGAGGCAAUCGAAAGCGUGAGAUAUGUGCUUGGGCCAUGUGUGGGGCAAGGAAGCCCGCGGCUUGCUCUGGGCGUCUUUUGCCAGGGUUGCAGUGAUGGUCCAUGCAGGCCAGGAAUCAGAGACAGUAUGUCACUUCCGCGGACUUGGCCAGAACCUUUGGGAGAGAGGAUCUCUUCAUCUACACCGAAUGGGGAGAAGGAAGAAGUGGUCUCCUGGCCCCACCCCCACCCCACCCGUCUUGGCCGUGUCCCUCUCCUACCACAUGAGCCCAGAGCCUUCCAGAUGCUUAGAGUCGGCUCCAUACCCAUAAGAGGCGGCCAUGGACUGUCAUGUAGAAAACUCCAUUCAGGUAUGGUAGGAACAAGAAAAGCAAGACUUGGGACAAUAUUUUUCCCAGAGCUUUUAAGAAUCUCUCCAAUGGAGCAUUUGGAGUACAGAUUCGAGCCAGUAUUGCUACCAAACAGAAUCAUUUGACUCUAAUGCCUGCAAAUUCCGACCUUUCUUCUGUGUUUCCAUUGAAUCAUAAAUCAUCCUGGCGGAGAGGCUCCUGGAGACCAUCUUGUCCCAGGCCCUGCACACAUGGUUGAGGAGAUCAAACCCAGAGGUGGUGGCAGAGUUUGCAUUCCUUACUGCAAAGACCCCAACAGACGAAUCAUUUCUGUCCCUAGCGAAAGACAGGUCAAGUGAGAGGGGCAGUGAGUCCUGGGCUCUGUGGUGAGCGUGUCAGAGGACACUAGUGGCGUUAAGGGUGUCAUGGCCGAACAGCUGCCUACGGCUGGGUGUUCCAUUGCUGCCAGCCUCUCAGCACGUUUUCACAUGCGUUGUCUCAUGCCUUCUCAAAAACCUCCGAAGCGAGGCUUGGCAGAGAACGUUGCUCCCACCUGGAAGCAAAUGACAGCCAGAGGAGGGAGCAGUGUGCCUGAGAUCACUCGCAGAGCCAAGGCCCAGGGUGAGGUCCCCCACAGGCCCAUUCCACCAUCUUCCACUGCCUCUGAGGAUUUUGAUGAGAUCUAGGAGUUUGGCCAACCUUGGGGACGUGAAAAACACGUGCAGACACGAGAUGAGUCAUCAUCCCCCCUCCCUCUCAUAGGAUUUUGAACAGGUGCCGUUCCUACUUGACAAGUAUGCGUGCCAAGCCGGCUUUUCUUUGUGUGGUGUUCCAAUGGGAGGCCCUAACAUAAUCAGUGGUUACCCUGAGCAAUACCUCCUGACCGUCACUGUGAAAGCCAUUCUUGGAUCAUGUGGUCCCUUGCACGGUGUUUCCCGCAAACCGGCUGGGGGCGGCAGAAGAAUUGUUUGCCACCUCAGGGAAGGCACAAAUUGUCUUUGGCUGUCCUAUGCUGGCCCUCAGCUUUUGAGUGAUAGUUGUGACCAGAAAACAAACAAACGCAACAGAAAAAGCUUUAAACAAUGAAUUCCAUUCUCAAAUUUCCUGGCGAAUUUCUCCCUUCUUCUUUAGUGAUGGCUAAGUCCUGAGAGCAAAGGGCACCACUGUGUAGUGAGGACAUCGUGUCACUCCCUCCUUUAUGGGGCACUGGGGUUCAGGGGGGCCAGGUGAAGGUCUCAGUCGGGCGUGGGGUUGUGUUUAAUGGCCCUUCCCGAUUCUUCCGAGCGCCUGUAGCCAGAAGACAGAUGUGAACAAGCGGGAAUGAAGCAGAUACAGGUCCGCCAUUCUGACUGGCAUUGCGUCUCAUGGAAGGAAGGCUUAAGGGGCAGGCCGGUCUAUGGCAGUCAGGCUCGGUCAGGGAAGUUGUAGGCUCUGCUGUGGGGUUUUAGGGCUCAAAAUGCCCAAAGGUAAGUAAUGCCAGUCUGGGCUUUUCAGACCGUAGAAGCAAUUCUGAUGUUCAAAGCAACAGGAUCUGGUGACCUCAUUUUCUUCCUGGAGUAAGGUGGGGGGAAAUGGUGGAAUGCUUUCAAUGACAUAAGAAUCCUCAGUGAGCCCAGAUGGAGAAAUGCGAGCCCCCCCGCCCCCCGCGGCCAGCUCCGUGUCACAACACACAGGCCAGAGCCUGUAAGGAGCCAUCUUCUUCCCUCUGUGACUUGCAAAGAGUCACAGAGCCUCAGGCAAGAAUCCAGGGAGCUGGACUGUCGGUUCUCAUAGAUGGUAACUUCCUUGUGUGUGGGGCACCUGUCUUUAGAUCCCGACGAAGGAGGCUGGUGCAGCAAAA